AUGUUACCGGAUUUGUCCGCUUUUAAGGUAAAGCUUUUGGAAGAAGUAAAAGAUGAACGUGUCUACCGUUUGGGCCUACGCUCCACCGCCGUCUGGGGCAUUGCCGUCUUGUGUUGGGUCAGUGAUCGUUUCUUUUGCUGUUUGAAAUUUCCAUAUCUGCAUGGUUUUUGGCAUGUCUUCAUUUUUAUUGCCGCCUAUACCCUCCUGGUGGUCUAUGCCUAUUUGUUUGUUGAAAGUGAGUUGCCGCAAAGGCAGCCACUUCUGCAAUAUUGGCCGGUAAAUGAAUUUGAAUUCGGUAUACCAUUUAUAUGUAUUCGCAAUCCAGGUAAAGAGUUCAAGAAUACGAUUUGA